AAUUUAUUGAAAAAAACAGACUCAACGCCGCUUGAAGCAGCACGUGAAUGGGAAAUGGAAAUGGAACGAGAGGAACUCGAAGAAUUAGCAAGUGUACUUAAAUCCACAAAUUGCUCGGAUGUUUUCGAGAUGGAUGUCACAAAGAUAAUGCGAACACUGAUCACAGUACCGAACGAAGGACUGAUGUAUGAGAAUCCAAAAAUUAAGAUUAAAGAGCUCAGUCAACGAUUUGCUCAUUUCAAUUAUACAUACCAAUACAUAACAAAGUUAAGUGUGAAACCGGAUUGUACGGAGCAAAUUCCGGGACGAUAUAUACCGCAUGUGGUUUCACUGGAACAGUAUGGUGUUGAUGUCGAGGGGUCGGUGAUGGGUGAUGGUGCCGCACCACGAUUCCUGCUCUUCAUCGCCAAAGUUUCUUCAAGCUAUCUGCGGCUGCUAAACAUCUCAACUCCGUACGUAUCUUAG